AUGGCGUCUCUGUAUUCCUCUCGGCUUUCUAUGAUUCUAGUAUUUUCAAUCCUGCUUCUUCUGCAAAUCCACCAUUCGCAUUCCCUUACCUGCACAUCCCAGAAGUUCACAGGAAACAGAGUUUACGACCAAUGCAAUGAUCUUCCCGAAUUGAGUUCUUACCUGCAUUGGACUUACGAUUCGAAGAAUUCGUCUCUGAUGAUAGCGUUCGUGGCUCCAGCGAAAAGCGAUGGAUGGGUUGCUUGGGCGAUCAAUCCCAAGAAACCAGCGAUGAUCGGAUCUCAGGCGUUGAUCGCUUACCAGGUCGACGGGAAUAUGACGGUGAAGACCUUCGAUGUGACCUCUUACAAGAUCGCACCUUCGAAGAUCGCUUAUGAAGUAUCGGACAUGGAAGCAGAGAACUCUGAUGAGACAAUGACAAUCUUCGCUACCAUAGCAUUACCCACCACCAUGACCACGAUUAACCAGGUUUGGCAGGUCGGUAGCACCGUCGUGGACGGGAUUCCGGCAGCCCAUGCGAUGGGGAAGGAGAAUUUGAACUCUAAAGGGACCCUUGAUUUGACGUCGAAAACACAGAACACCUCCUCCAACUCCUCUUCCCAGACUGGAGGAGUUUCCUCUACGCUUAGAAACAUAAAUGGGAUUUCAAUUUUUUCGAUUUUUGCUGGAAUUUGGAUUCUUUUUGCGUGA